GGGGAUUUGGGUCAGCGUCAGCGGAGCGUGUCGGAGGCUGCGCACGCUCGGGGCGGCGCAAUGGACUCGACGGUGGACGAGCUGAGCGCGGCGUACAAGGAGUUCGUGGCGGCGGCGGUGGCCGUGAUGGAAGCGCGCGAGCUGUCGGGCGGCCAGAAGACGGCGUCCACGGACGCGGCGCUCGAGUCCUUCAAGCAGCGCUGGGAGCUCUUCCGCGUCGCCUGCGACCACGCCGAGGAGCUCGUCGAGUCCAUCCGCCAGCGCAUCGGCUCCGAGUGCCUCGUGGACGAGGCCACUGGAUCUUCCUCGUCCCCCUCCGCGCCUGCGAGCGCGGCUCUGGCCGCCCCCGGCAUCAAGCCCAUCAGCGCCGUCCGCCUCGAGCAGAUGAGCAAGGCCGUCCGCUGGCUCGUCAUCGAGCUCCAGCACGGCGCCGGAGGGCCCUCCGCCGCGGGGCCUGGCGGCGGCGGCGGCCUCGCGACCCCGGCUGCCGGCGCGGGCGGGCAGCAUGUGAACGGCGGGAUCGACUCGCGAUUCCCCGAGGAUGGCACCCAGUAGGUACAGUCUUGCUUAAUACAAGUAGUACUAUCUUCCUUCAGAAAAGGAAAUAAGGAACUUGUGUAAUCUACUGUAUGUGCUAACUUCUGAGAUUGACGGCAGUAGUCCUUGUGAUCCUAGCAUAUUAGCUGGUUCGUAAAGGUGUGAAAUUUGGAGCGGAAAUCAUCAGAUUCUUGGCA